CGUGUGUAAGCGACGACGAUGACGGUGACUCGGCUGUUGUGAUUCGUCUUCGGAGAAAGCAAACUGCCUGAACGACGAUAUACAACUGCAAGUUACACCUAUUGAGGAGAAGUGCCGAACUGCAGUGAGAUUAAUCGCUUCCGUUUUGUGAUUGACUUGGAAUUACAUCUAGAGUCCUUUUCUGCGAGGAAAAAGAAGACAACGCGAGUGAGAACAAAGUUCUUCUAGCCGACCGCGAAUAAUACCGUGAGUAAUCAUUCUAGCAUCUCUCGAAUCAAUCUGAGUAUCCCGAAGCGGACACCAUAUACCGUGGACAGUUACUGCUACCGGCAUAUCCGGCGCUAUCCGGCGUAUCCACAGAGGUGUACCGGCGGCAGUACCUCUGCCUACAGCAGGUGCUGGAGCGAAGGGACGCAGCCCGUCAGACAGUUCACCAGGGCUGCACAACAUCGAACGCGAGAAAAUCUAGAUACUUCUCGACGUAAUAACCUGGUAGCACCAUGGAACAAAUUUUUUCCGAAGAGGAUAUGGAGAACGCGCUGACGUUUCGAGAGAAAAUGCACCGGGUACGGCAGCUCGAGAAAGAGGAGGAUUGGUCGGAAAAGAAAAUGCAAAUGCGGCACUACUUGGAUUACCAAGACAGCAUCUGUCACAAGCUACUUAGAGCUUUUGAAGAGGUGUCGUGUAAAUGUGAUGACGCUGCCAAUGAGAGACAGCGCCUGAGGGACACUGUGGCUAAGCUUUCACAGGAGAAAGAGAAGGACGAGACACGAAUGAUGCAGCAGUUGAACGAAGCCACGAUAAUGCUGCAGAAAAAAGACAACAUCAUCAGAAUGCUCACAAGUAUAGCUGAGGAAUCCAUUGACAUGGCAACGCAAGAGCUAAGGAGUGUCCGAGAAACAAUGGACAGACAAACUAGUGCGGGUGAGGCUCUGUUGAAGAAACUUCAUUUGAAGCUAAACAUCCUGGAGAAGCAACUGGAAGAGAAGGAGGAAGAAAACUCCAAGCUGUCACGUAUGUACGACGAUCUGCUCAGCAAGAUUCAACGAAACUGAAAACUGCGACAGUUGCUUCGACAGUGUCGAGAAAUGUUACCAUUCUUUUAGUUUAUUAAAUGAGUUUGUUGCAGUCCCGCUUA